GGUUACAAAAAGGUGUUUGAGCAAUAUGCUCAAGCACUUCAUGAGCGUUUCCCGGCACUGACGAUUGUUGGCGACAAUUACCCGCCUCCAGUGAUCCAGGCAACGCUGGCUCAAGUUCUCGCAGUUCUCAAGUUUGUUUUUAUAGGACUCGUAAUGACUGGUUACAAUCCUUUCCCGUCACUCAACUUACAAACACCUGGGUUUUUUUCCUGGGCAAUAGAAAACAAGGUUGGUUAACAGAAAACUAUAUUAGAAACACGCAUUAAACUUUUAAUGUUUAUUUUUUAGACUUACUAUUUUAUAACUUUUAGUGUGAGAGUAUUGCUGAAAAUGAUGCUCAUAUGAGGCUGUCUCUGUUGAGAUAUGUAUGUUUCUCAAUGUUAAUCGGUGCUCUGUUUAUUUUAAAGUUAAAUGUUGUAGGCCUACAUUUAUUAUUUUAUAAGGUUAAUUCUUAAUAUUUUGCAUUUCUGAUUUUAUUCUCCAGAUGUAUGCAUGCCUUAUGCUGUUUUUCAUUUCAAAUGCAAUAGAAGGGCAGUUAAUAUCUACGGGUGCUUUUGAAAUUUUAUUUAAUGGUAAGUGAAUUUUUUUCAAAAUGUUUAACAUGCAGCAUAUGUCAUAGAAAGUCCUCUUAAUUAAGAAAGAUAAUGGGUCAGAGUAUACUCUAUUGAUCUUCCAUUAAAAACCAAUUACCGCUAUUUCUUUUUUAAAAAUAAAAUAUCUAUGUAAAGUUACAAGAUGACAGUUAUUUUUUAAAAUGUGAUACACUUUUUGUAUUUUAUUGUGAGCUUUAUACUAAUUUGAGUGCCUAAAAUUGCUUUAAAUAUUUCACAUUUUUACAUCUGUUUUCAGAUGUUCCUAUCUGGUCAAAAUUAGAGACAGGUCGCAUUCCAUCACCCAGUGAAAUGUUUCAGAUGAUUGAAAACAAUUUACGAUAUGCCAAACCAACAACAUAG